AUGCAAGGCAAGAAGAAGCUAGACGAAGCUCAGCUCCGUCAACUGGAGGAACACGAGAUCAGCCAAGGUCCACUGUCAGUCCUACAGCAAGCCGUACGCAACAAUGCGCAGGUACUCAUCUCCUUGAGGAAUAACAAGAAAUUGCUAGCGCGCGUGAAGGCGUUUGACAGACAUAGCAACAUGGUUUUGGAGAAUGUCAAGGAGAUGUGGACAGAGACACCAAAGGGGAAGAACAAGCAGCCCCUGAACAAAGAUCGCUUUAUCAGCAAGAUGUUUCUGCGCGGUGAUUCCGUCAUCUUAAUUCUUCGAAACCAGGCUUGA